UAUCAUUGUCUACAUUUCUAACGUAGAAAUAUCGUACUCUUAACAAUGAGCGGAAGAGGCAAAACCGGCGGAAAAGCGAGAGCCAAGGCCAAGACUCGCUCCUCCAGAGCAGGGCUGCAGUUCCCCGUCGGUCGUGUUCACAGACUUCUCCGUAAAGGAAACUACGCCGAGCGCGUCGGUGCCGGAGCUCCCGUCUAUCUGGCGGCUGUGCUCGAGUAUCUGACCGCUGAGAUCCUGGAGUUGGCUGGAAACGCCGCGAGAGACAACAAGAAGACCCGCAUCAUUCCCCGUCACCUGCAGCUGGCGGUGCGCAAUGACGAGGAGCUCAACAAACUCCUGGGUCGAGUGACCAUCGCUCAGGGCGGUGUGCUCCCCAACAUCCAGGCCGUGCUGCUGCCCAAGAAGACCGAGAAACCAGCCAAAGCCAAGUAGACCCAUUCUACUCGGUUUC